GGGAAUCUUUCGAGGACUAUAAAUUUGUGGACGUAACAGUGGUUGAGGACAGUUUGCCACCGGAGAGGUCCCAUUUGACAUGGUUUGGAAGGAAAAUGGCAAGUUCGGCAUUCACACCGGCCGAACCCUCCGAAAGACUUCAACGAGUCCUGGUAAAGCUGACUGCGGAUUCCUUAUCAAAACUGUUAGAAACCAAAGCAUCCACUUCACAGACGAACAAGUCAGAGGUUGUCUAAAAAAGUUUCAAAUAGGAGACGGCCUCGAUGAAGACAAUGUAGUGAAGGAAAGCCGUGAUGAUCACCAGUGGCGCUUUGGCGGUAGCAGGGGAUAUCUUGACGACAGAGUGUUGUAUUCCCUUGGAAAACGUAAAAGAUGGCUCGUAUCAAUGGUUUUGAGAGAUAAAAUACCCGAAGAUUUCGACGCUGAAAACGAUUACAAGGUUAUCCUUGUAGAAAGACUAUCAGUCCAGGGGUCUUCGUGGUACUGUUCUUCUCCAAGGCUCAGGCGAGGCGAUUGUCGGGCGGUUUUAGAAGGGGAAGAGGCGAGGAAACCGAAACGAAGAAAGUUCGCCCAUGUCGGCGAUUUACGGGGUAAAUCGAACGAUUCCAGCAAAACUGAAAUCGUUUACGAGGUGAAUCAAACGGAACCUUCUUCAUGUUGGCCAAGCUACCUACAGCACGAUCGCGACUGGAGGGAAUUCAGAGCGGAGAACAAGGCUCGAUGUAAAACAAAAGGGGUGAAGAACAAAACACGUUUAUGGGGAGAGCUUAGUAAGUACGAUUUGAACAAGACUACCCACCAAACUUUGCAAGAAAGAAUUCUUGAUUUCAGCCCAGAGACUGAUCUCGGUAAGGACGAGCUUGUUUCAAGCUCAGAUAACCAAGAGAACUUUUCACUAUUGAAUAAAUGUGACUUUGAUGUAGGAAAAUACAUUUCUGAAGUUUUAGCUGCAACUGCUGCAAAAAGUGACCGUAAGAUCGGUAAGAAAAAUGGAAAGACAAGUGUCCUCAAGGAGACAGAAUUAACGGCUGUUAACCCUGCUUCUUCUCAGUUAGUCAAGUCCCAUGGAAAAGGUUCUGCAGUGCAUGUUGACCGUGUUAACAUUUGGGUUGGUAUCCAUGAUGACCCAGAGACUGGCACUACAAUUGCUCAUCCAAGUGUGCCAGUAGCAACUGAGAGUGUUCCCCAGAAUAGGUCAUUUUCUCUAGAUGUUGACAUCAUCAGUGGCAAACUUGACAUGCAUGCAUUGCAGGUGCAAUUUGGAGAGAUGUACAUAGAGGGUGAAAGUAUACCCCGGAGAUUCAGUAUUGGCCUCUCAGAUCCAUCCACAAAGUUUGUCUUCACAUGCCAGCCUUAUAGUAUUAAGACUACAGAGGAGAGAGCUGAAAGAGUUAGUGUUUCUGUUGUGAGUGAUGCCCUGCCUUCCCAACAAUCGCAGCACUGCAAGGAAUUCUUGGAGAAUUUCUUUGGUAUUUUGGAGCAUGAAAGCAAAGUUAUGGAAAAACCCCUACCUGCUGAUAAAUGUUCACUUGGUUGCAGCCCAAACACAAGCAACAGCCAGCUCAACAGAGUAGCAGUCAUGCCCUUUGAUUUGUUGUACGAUAUCAAUAAAUGUUCCCACAAGGCAUCCACUGUGAGUCUGGCUUUACCUGAUAUUCUGAGAACUGUUGCACUUUGCCCUGCCCCAUCAGUUGUGGCUGCAGAUGGAGGAGCUAAAACUACCAAUAUACCUGAGACUGUUGUAUGUGAAGUCUGUUGCUGUGAGUUUUAUCAUUACACUUGUGAUGGUAAGUAAUAAUCUUUUUCUCUAAUCCUGUCAACUUGUAAUAAGAGAUGCUCAGGUUUUAUGUUUAGUACACUAGAAUCAAGUUUUAACCCUAACCCAAGGUACUUUGUUUUGGUCUUAAAAAAAACAUAUAAUUUGCCUCUCUGUCCAGCUUCCAUUAAAAAACCCCAAUAACUUAAUAGCUAUAUUUUACAAAUGAAUCAAAUAUUAAGAAAUAGAGAAGCAGGUUUUAGCACCCUAACCACUCCAUUUUUUGUUUAGCAAAUAGUUUUAUUGUAUACCAUUCAAAAGUUUUUAAACCCACAUCUUGAAUGAAAAAAGAACUACUUAUGGGUCUGUCAAGUUACAGGGAGGUACAAGAAAUGGUUCUGGCUUGGAGUCUAAAUGGGUACUUGUACUUACAAAUAGACAAAGAAACUCAUCAUAAAUGCGGCAGGGUCAUUUCUUGUACUACUAUCCAGGCUUGAGAUUUUCAUGCUAUUUUCUUGUGUUCAAAUUUAACCCUAGACUUCUGAAAUAAGUUGUUCAAACUUAGCCACAAAUAUUUUGGUUCCUAAGUUGUACAAACAUUUUUUAGUCCAACAGAUGUAUAACCAAUUUGUGGAAUAUUGCAAUAGAACCCUGACACAAAAAAGUAUUAUGAGAUAGAAAAUAGCUCUAUAUAUUACUUUAUUAUAUUACUUUACUUCUUAAGGGAGAGAUAUUGUUUGUUGUGGUAUUGUAACAUUGUAACCAAAUUUCCUACAUGAUACUUGAUUAUUUGUAAGUCAGAAAGAGUUCAUUUAUUAUCCUAGCUGUAUUCAUUAUAAAUGAAGGUACAUGUACUAAUAUUACAUUGUAAGACUGUUCAUGAGUUUUAACGGUAUAAUUUGUAGUUAAAAGCCACUUGCAGUGUAUUUUACCAUUAGCAAGACUUGUAAAAAUAGUUUUUGGAACUUUUAGGUACAUUUACAAAAUAGAAUUAUGUAAAAAAUAGUUUUUGGAACUUUUAGGUACAUUUACAAAAUAGAAUUAUGUAAACACAAGUAGGCUCCUGUAAGUAAGUUUUCUUCUCUUAUCUAACUGCUGGCAUUCAUUACUUUUAGUUACAAGGACUUUGGCUUUUCCUUGCACUGCUCUGAAGUCCUGUCUUCACUGGUUCUGCAAUGAAUGCUGGAAGGCUUAUCUCUCUGCACAGUUACAACAAGGAAAAGUAUUCAUCAAAUGCCCAGCAUAUGACUGCAAUACCAUUGUUGAUGAUGUCACACUUAUGGGUCUUCAACCCAACAAGUUCCAUAAAUUGAUAGCCAUGAGACAAGAAAAAGCCGUGGAGAUGAGUUCUAAGUGGAAGUGGUGUCCUGGGAACAAGUGUAACCUGGUUGUCAGGGCAGCUUCACUCAAAGGCUCUAAAGACAUAGGGGACAAGAGUGCUUCAUUGCCUGUCCAUUGUCCUUGUGGGCACGACUGGUGUUUUUCUUGUCAAGAGGAGCCCCACUGGCCAGCGUCAUGCUAUGAGGCUAAAUUUUUUCGCUCACAGACUGAAACAUAUGAAAAAAUUUUCAAAACAAAAACUGGUGGAAUAACUUCUGUGAGCAUAAAGAGGUGCCCUCACUGCAGCUAUCCCAUUGAAAAGAAUCAAGGAUGUCCUCAUAUGGUUUGUGGCAUGUGCAGGGGAGAAUUUUGUUGGACCUGUCUUGGACCCUGGAAUGAUGAUCACUGGAGUGCAGACUGCAACCAAAAGUUUAAAGAAGAGGAGGAGGUAGAGUUAGUAAAUGAUAUUGGAUCAACACGAUUUAAUGCCAAUUUGCGGGUUGCCAUUGUGCACCGCAUGGCUAAAGCUGGUCCCAUGUUGUACAAGAAGUACAGUGCUGUUAAGAAGCUUGAAGAUGCGUUGCAUGCUCAAGAAGCUUUUCAUAACCAUUGUCUUCAUGUUAAAAGAUCAACACCAUCAAGUGUUAGUUUGUUGCUGAGCCUUUACAACUCUCAUCAUCUCCCUAAGUAUGUCAAACUGUCAGCCGAUUUCAAGUUUUUAGCUCAUUUUGUGGUAGAGAAUGUCUCAAUUUUAAUGGCAGUUUCCAAAACAAAAAGGGGACACAAUAUGCUGAAGAGACUUGUAUCAACCCUGCUGUUUGUAGCAGACAGAUUGGAACAUAUGGCUAGUAACAGAAAACUUUACUUGCAAAGGGACAAAGUGCACUUUGAAAUGCUCUUGAAAGCAGGGAAGCAUUGCAUCCACUGUGUGAGAAGGAUCUGCAUAAACAUUCAUCAGCACUGAUAGAGAAACUUUUGAGAAACAUUAGAUUGAAAUUGUCAUUUGGACUGUGCAUAUAUAGUGAACAGUUAUGUACUACCUUAAAAAUUUGAUUAAGAAUGAUGUGAGAUAGAAUAUAGACUAACUCAUUGGAGGGAUGGGUAUUAGGGGAGAUAUGAAUAAUGAACAAUGAAAUGUGAGUAGGAUCCAGCUGAACACCUGGAACUGUAAAAGUAUACCUUGAUGACUGAUAAUUUUUUUUUGGUAUACCAAAUCAUUGAAAUUUCUUCUGGAUUUUUCAAAUAAAAAAGUACUUUAAAA